AUGAAGUUUUACUUAUUGCUCUGCGCUCUCCUCGGUUAUGCAAGCGCCAUCGAAUUAUUCGGAAGAGAUCAAUCAUCAGCGGUCAAAGGCCGAUUGGUUUGUGACGGUAGGCCAGCAGCAGGUGUCAAGGUGAAGCUGUGGGAUGUUGAUCGAACUGACGCGGAUGAUCUCAUGGACGAAAAGGUAUCAGACAGGAAUGGUGAAUUUCACUUGGCUGGCUGGACAAAGGAAUAUACCACCAUUGACCCUAAGCUCAGCAUCUACCACGAUUGUAACGAUGGCUUGAAGCCCUGCCAAAGAAAAUUCUCUAUUCUCAUCCCUGACAGCUAUGUAAGCCAUGGAAAAACACCAAAGAAGGUAUAUGACGCAGGAACUAUCCAGCUUUCUGGCUCAUUCCCUGGUGAAAGCAGAGACUGCAUCAACUAGAAAUACACAUAGUCAUACUAUGAGCUGCUCAGAAUCUCGAUUAUAGCACAAUUAUUGUCGGCCAUUAUCCAUCUCAAAUUUAACUUAUGUACGUUGCAAUAAAAAAGUACAAACUUGUCAUUGCAUAUACAAACAUG